AUCCUUCUCACCCGCUAGGGGAACCGGAUCCUCGCAGCCGCCAUUUCGCUAUCGCCUGGGCCUCGCCGCCGCUGCCGUCUUCGCGAUGCUGUCCAACGCGCAGCUCUUGGAUGAGCUAAUGGGGCGAGACAGAAACCUCGCCCCCAACGAGAAGCGCUGCGAUGUCCACUGGGACGACGAGAGGGUUUGCAAGCACUAUCUGGUUGAGUACUGCCCAGCAGAGCUCUUCGUGAACACUCGAGCUGAUUUAGGUCCAUGUGACAAAAUCCAUGAUGAGAAUCUAAAAAAAUUGUACGAGAAGAGCUCUCGCUUCAUGCGCAUGGGCUAUGAGCAGGACUUCCUGCGCUACCUGCAAAGCAUCAUGGCCGACGUGGAGCGCCGCAUACGAAGGGGUCACGCGCGGCUGGCACUUGCGCAGACCGGGGGGCCGAUGGUUAGCAAUCCCGGAGGAGCCUCCAUGACCAAGAAUGACGAGAAGAUCAAAGUCCUGACGGAGCGCAUUGAGGAGCUGCUGGACGACAUAGAGCAGAUGGGCUGUGAGGGACGCGUGGAGGAGGCCCAGGGCAUGAUGAAACUUGUGGAGCAAAUCAAGGAUGAGCGUGACCAACUACGUGCCACCGCCUCUACGAUCGAGACAUUUGCGGCGCAGGAGAAGCAGAUGGAGGUGUGCGAGGUGUGCGGCGCAUUCCUCAUCGUGGGCGACCCACAGUCGCGUAUCGACGACCACCUCAUGGGCAAGCAACACAUGGGCUAUGCCAAGAUCAAAAGCACUAUCGAGGAGAUGCGGGAGAAGCUCCGCAAGAAGUAUGAAGAGCCAGAGAAGGAGCGCGAGGAGAAGCUGAAAAAGGAGCGUGAGGAGCGCGAGAAAGAGCGUGAGAAGGAACGCGAGAAGGAGCGCGAGAAGGAGCGCGAGGAGAAGGAGAAGCGGGAGAAGGAACGUGAGGAGAGGGAGAAGCGGAGGCGCGAGGAGGAGGAGAAGAAGGAGAAGGAGCGUGAGAAGGAGCGCGAGAGGGACAAGGACCGGCGGCGGCGGAGUCGGUCGCGGGGCCGCCGCAGCCGCUCGCGUGACAAGCGAUCUGCACGCUCCGGGGAAAAUCGGCGUUCACGCAGCCGCGACCGCGACCGCCGGCGCAGCAGGAGCAAGGACCGGCGGAGCAGCCGCAAUGAUGACAAGAAGCGCUCGCGUAGCCGUGACCGCAAGCGGCGCUCGCGUAGCCGGGAACGGUCAUCGCGCGACGUCGACUUGCGCAGCAAGGACAAGGAUCGCGAGCACAGCAGCAGGGAAAAAGAUCACGAGCGCAGCAGGGACAAGGAGCGCAGCAGCAAGGACAAGGAGCGCAGCAGCAGGGACAAGGAGCGCAGCAGCAGGGACAAGGAGCGCAGCAGCAGGGACAAGGAGCGCAGCAGCAGGGACAAGGAGCGCAGCAGCAGGGACAAGGAGCGCAGCAGCAGGGAAGAAGAUCACGGGAGCAAGGACAAGGAUCGUGAUCGCAGCAGCAGGGAGGAGGAACACGAGCACAGUAGGGAGCGAGGCAGUGGCAGCGAGAGGGGCAAGGAUGGCAGCAGUAAGGAGCACAGUAGUAAGGAGGGCAGUGUCAAGGAGGAGAGUGCCAGCAUGAAGGAAGGCGGUGGCGGCAGCAGCAUCAAAGAGGAGGAGAGCAAAGAGAGCGAGCCGGAGCAACAGAAGGGGAGUGAGAACCUGCUGACAGAAGAACCCACGGAGAAAGAAAAGGAGGAGAGCUCCAAGGAUAAAGAGACGGAGAGCUCUGGGGGGGAGCUCAGGGACGCGGGCAAGAAGAGGCCCCACAGCGAGAGUGCCGGUGUGCCAAGCAACAGCGACGUUCCGUCCGACGCCAAGAGAGUGUGUGUUAACGGGAGUGAGGAGGAGACGGAGGCCGCCCCUGAAGGUGACACUCACCCCAAUUAGACAGUGGUCUGAGUAGCUCUCCCAGACCGCCGGCAGGCGCACGGAGUGGAAGACUCGCCCGACCACAGCUCGACGCUUAGAAGAUUGCCUCCUUCCCCCAUCAAGCCUCUGCCCACCGGUUACGAGGUGACCACAGAUAGCCAACCAGUCGUCGUUGAGUGUAUUUGGCGGACGGUGCAUAUCGGGUCUGAUGAAUUAGACAUGCCAGUAAUGCUCUAAAACCGUCUACCACAACAACCUAUCACCAUAUAACGUCCAUUUCACCCCCACUCGCCUCGGUGCAUACGCUUGAAGUUUUGGGGCUAAACUGGGUUUGAGUUUAUAGAUGCAGCAGUGAAUUGUUAUGACUUUUGUUAAUUUUUAAAGCCUUUUUAAUUUCUAUUACCAAUAUUGCAAUUCACUGAUUGUAAUGCAGGAGCCUGUAGACCUGGUCCUCCCACAAUUAGGGGCUUGCUGAACAGUGCUGCUGUUCACUAGCGUAGGCCUCUUGGUGCCGUUCAAAGUCUCGCCAACCGAGGCUGUCGAAGGGCACCCUCGUGGAAUCUGGUGUUUGUCGAUUCAGCAUAGAAUCUGGUGUUUGUUGAUUUGUUAUUUUUUGUUUUGUUUUAAUAUGUAUCAUCCACGAUGUGAAUAAAUACCGUUUGCAAAAAAUAUAA